AUGGCCCUGUUGAAUGCAGUAAAUGCAAUAGUAGACCAUCUUGGAGGGGUUAAUGAACUCGAUGCAGAAGCUUGUAAAGAAGUGUAUGUUUUUCUUCGUUUUAUUUUUUUAGAAACCUUUCUUAACUAGUAGAAAUCAAUCUACGACACCUAGUUCUGAUCUAGCGACAACAAGCACACGAUAUUGUUUUGCAAUACCUUAUUUUAGGCGGAAAGCUCACUAUGGCGUAUAUGGACAACUUUCGGAUACACUUCGUUGUGAAUUGUUCGAUGUAUCCCCACAAGAACUCACUGAGGCAUUAAACACAGGUAAAUAAAAAUGUUUUUGGUCUAUUUUUCGUGUUUUAGUGACAGAGAGAAUACUCAGAUUUGCGACUGCUCAAAACGGAGAUGAAAACAACUUCUAUGAAGCGCUGAUGAAUGAAGGAAUCGAUUUAAUUAAGAUGACAGUCUUCCUCUGGGUCCUGAUUGAAAGAUCAUUGACGUGAGACCAUUUUUUUUAUUUAUCUCAGUUUAGAUUAUGAUCAACGAAAUUGAUUAUAAUAUUUUAGGUCCAAUGAAGAGCUAGAACUCGGAGUCGCUGCUUCAAACUUGUACUUAUGUUUCGCCGGACUUAAAGAUGCCAAAAUGUACAAAGUGUUUCAUGUUUAUGUGUUUGAAGUGAGUAUUUUUCCUUAUAAAUUUUAUUCUUCAACUUUUAGAGAGCUUUGGAACUCCUGAGAAAUGUUGAGAAAAUCAUCCGACCAUCUGGACGAAUGACCAUUGCCCUAAACAAAAGGCGGAGGGACGAUCAAAACGCCGUUGAUCCAGGGAUUGAUUGUGGGAAGAUGGCUGAUAAACUGCUGGAAUCGUUGAGGAUACUGUUUUUGUUCACUCAUUCGAGUAAGCUUAAGGCUUUUAAAUAUCAGUUAAAUUUUAGAUUGGAUCGAAUUCUCUGAGUUUUAAUAUGUUUUAGAUAUAAAGUGGUCUAGUGUAAUAUAAACCAAUUACAAUAAUUUUCAGAAGGCGUUGCUGAUAUUGUAUUUGAGAAGGAGGGCCUCUGCGAGAGUGUGAUCGACUUCCUUCGCGAUAUUUCGGAUCUUGACUUGGAUUCGAAUACCGAUUUUCAAGCCAAAAUAAUCGAUGAGAUCUCCCGAGUCCGCCGUGCUUCAGAUCUUGCGUUCGCGAUUGUCCAAGCGCUCUUGCAAAAAGAUUCCGACUCCCGAAGUAUGGCCAUCAUGAGUCGGUUUGUUAUGCCGCGGAUUUUGUAUUGGGUUGGAGGGAAUUCGAAGUAUCACAUAACUGGAGCCAUCCCCAACGUGCUGAAAGAGGCUUGUCAAGUCAUGAUUCAUUUUCUGAGCACCAGAUUUGAUGUGAGUUGGAGAUUUUUUUUUUUUUAACUUCAUGUUUUAGAAUUUGACCCUCUCCGAACUCCGUUCGAUAAUGCAAAUGCUCAAGAUUUGCCCAUUGCGAUGCACUGAUCGAAGUGAACAUCGCUCGUUAUUGGCUCAGAAUUUCUCGGAGAUUCUCGCCAUGAUGCCACCAAUCGCCGCUGUAGUGAGUUAUUCAAGAUUUUUAAAUGAUUUUUGAUAUCAAGGAUGGUAAAUUUUAUUUUUUUUAGCAUAUGAUCGACUAUGUGUACAUCCUCGGCCGCAACACAAAGACCUCAUAUCGCUCAUUUGCCCUGGAGAUUGUCCCAAAUUUGCUCAGACGAUUCAGUAAGCAUAUUCUUUAUCUUUUUGAUUACGUCUUUAGAUUUCGACCAACUUCACGAUCGCGCUGAGCGGAUCGAGACCAUGUUCAUGGGCGAUGUGGACGAACAAAUCGACGGCCAAGAGGCGGAUGAUGAGAUUGUGGAGGGAAAUGCGGCAGAAGAACCAGAAGAACCCGCCGAACAGGAAGCAAUGGAAAUUGUGGAGGAUGAAAAUGAAGGGGAGGUCACCAUCCGAGAUGAAGAAGAUGAGGCAGCGGCCGAAAAUGCUCCAAGGAAUGGACGAAACGCAAAUUCUGAAGGAUUGUGAGUUUUUUCGGUAUAUUUUUGGGGUUAUAAUAGUAAAAAUCGAUAAGAUUUGGGAUUUUUUGUUGGUUUACGUGUGGUAGGUGACAAAAUUUUUAAAAUUUUUUGAUUGUAAUACGAUUAUUUUUAGAUGUGUGUUCGAGAAAGAAGGAAUGACCGCAAGACAGGCCAUUUUGAAUCUACUGAUCACCGGGUUGGUCGACAAGUUCGCAAUGCAAAAGGCCCUGCAGGCCGUGGAAAUGUUGGUCACCAGUAAUGCCUGUGUGGAUGAUCUGGCUGUCCUGGCGACAAGAUUGGUAGGAAAUGAAACAUUUUUUUUGCAAUAUUUUCGUUUCUCUAUUUGCAGGUCGAUGAGAAUUUGGAAGCCCUGAAACUCGCCGACCGACCUGCUCGAGCACAACAACAGGAGGCCCCAGUAGUCAAAGAGGAGCCCCAAGAACACGAACUCAGCGCGAUUUUGGAAGAUCAACCGAAUUCAGCCGGCAUUGACGACCUCCUGAGGUUGGUGAUCAAAGCAUGCGACUCCGAGAAGACACCGAUCGCGAAACAUGCACUGUGCUGUCUUCAAGCCAUUUUAAUUAAUGUGGAAGUGGACCCGGAGAUGACCAAGAAGUGUGUGGAGAAAAUAAAGGUAGGAAAGUUCGGAAAUUUGUAGGGGAAUUUACCUGAAAACAAAAGAUUUUGAAUUUGUGAGAGGAAAAAAUAUUGGUUUUGCAAGGUUUUAAAAAAGAAUUUUUCGAUUUUUUAUCUUUAUUUUUUUCAGGAAAAGUGUUGGGAUGUGGCGAUCCAGGUCCGAAAACAGGCCGCCCUCUGCCUCCACAAACUCCUCCCUCGAUUCCCGAGCGGAAUCGAACACGCCUGGCUGCGCGGUGUUCUCCAUCAGGUAGUGGACAACGAGAGCGGAGUGGCCAACCAGGCCAUCAAACUGGCCUCGGAAUACAUUGUGGACGGCCUCAAGGAGGAAAGACCCAAUCCAACCUGGAAUCUGAUGGAUGUCGUGGAAGGGGACACGGAAUACACGUGAGUAAUUUUUUUUGACAAGGAAAGUACUAUGGGGUAUGGAGUUACAGGUCGAGUCAUAUAUUAUAAAAAUCGCAAAAUUUUUUUGAUUCGGAAUAUGUAAAAGUUAGCUGCCUAAUUUUGGUUUGUAAGGGUAAAAAAUUCUCUGAAGUUUUCCCGCAACACCACGCAAAUGCCUUUUUGACAAGGUUUUUACCAAAUCAAAAGCUUUGUUUUGAGCUAAAGUGAACCCUGGUAUCUUGAGAAGCCUUAAAAUAUCAAAUUUGAUUUAUACUACACCUUAAUCAGUAGUUCCGACAAGCCCCGCUCACGCGGGCCUUGACGCCGCUGUGCGCGCAAAGGUCGUCCAACAUAAAGUUGACUUGAUCGCACAAAGGUUGAUGAUCGCGUGCACUACAGUUGAUCGUGCAGGCCACGCUUCGCGUGGCCAACAACGCGCUGGCGCGCGUUAUACUGCCUCAAGCCCGGCAGUUCCGUUGCCAAGGGCCGCGCGCCAGCGCUACCUUUCAGCAGCUGAACUCUUCUUUGAACUUUACCUCGGCCUUCGGCCUCGGCACAGUUUACUCCAGCAGUCAACUACAACAUUCAGAAGGUUCCGUAAUCAACGGCGGCCUUCGGCCGCCGAAGCUUCCAGAAAACACUCACUUUGGCUCGGCCUUCGGCCUCGCAGUCAUUUUUUGUGUUGCUUCAUCGUUAUUGAACUUUUCCUAUGCCUUCGCCCUCGACAGAAUCCCGGGAGCCCGACAUUCAGAAGGUUCCGUGACCAACGGCGGCCUCCGGCCGCCGAAGCUUCCAAAAAGUCCCUUUGACUCGGCCUUCGGCCUCGCCAAGUCGUAUUUUAAGAAAUUUUGGGUUUCUUUGAACUUUACCUUGGCCUUCGCACAGUUUACUCCAGCAGUCAGCUACAACAUUCAAAAGGUUCAGUAACCAACGGCGGCCUUCGGCCGCCGAAGCUUCCAAAAAAAAGCUCCUUUAGCUCGGCCUGCGGCCUCGCAGUCAUUUUUCGUGUUGCUUCACCGUUAUUGAAGUUUGCCUCGGUCUUCGGCGGCUGCAGAAUCCCGGUAGACCUACAUUCAGAAGCUUCCGUGACCAACGGCGGCCUCCGGCCGCUGAAGCUACCAAAAAAAAGUCCCUUUGGCUCGGCCUUCGGCCUCGCCAAGUCGUAUUUUAGGAAAAUUUGGAGUUCCGCACACGAACUGCAUCCAGAAUUUGAUUCUGCGUCGAUUGGGACCAAAAUCAUGUCGAUAGCUCCACUGGCAGCCGAGUUCUGGAAGGGCGGAUCCAGAAAAUUUCAAAUUUUCGUCUUUGUCGCUAGGCGGGCGGGGUAAGAUGGUCGUAUGUUGGGAAAUAAAAGUUGUUUCUAGGGCAGUUUGACGUGCUGAUUACGGGGCGUAUCCCGAAAAUUCGCUGAAUUUGCUAUUCGUGCCCUCAGGGCCGAUUUUGUGCAAAAAAUCCCGAAAACUCCCUACGGUGCAUUCGAUGAGCAUUCCGGCACCGUAUCAGAAGCCGAAAAUAAGCACAGAGUAACUUCAGUCUAUUGCCGAGACAAUGCCGAAGCCCUUUUUUUGAAUUUCGAUCUAGUUUUCCCGGAAAACUUUCCGGAAAAUUUGGCCUUUUUUGGGAACUUUCAGAAAAUCCCGAAUAGCUAAAAUACGAAAUACGAUAGAAAGAUACGAAAUGUGGUUCUAGGGCAUGUCAGGCAUGCUGAUUCAGAAUCCGUUGUCAAAAUCCAGAAAUUCCGUCAUCUUGAUGGUGAAAAAUGGAAAAAUCCGAAAAAUGUCGAAAAUCGCCAAUAACUUUCGACCGGUCGAUCCUACACUCACGAUGUUUAGCUCAGAAGGCUUAAAAUUUUGCGUAGAUAACGAUGGAACUCAGUUUCGUCCCACACAAUAACGCUCACAUCAGGUACCCUCAGGGCAUAUAUGUGAAAAAUUCGAAAAUUCGCGCGCUUUUGGCCCCAGUCGAUAAGAAAAAAUGUAGAAAAGCUAAGGGCGACUCGAAAAAUGUGAAAAGUUACAGCCGAUCCAAAAUCAAAAAAUCCCAUUUUCAAACGCUCGCAAUUCCCGCCAGGAUGAAAAUUCCAACUAAGUGCUGAUGCCCAAAGUCAUCGAAUCCCUGCACCAGUUGACAAAAAAAAAGUCUCGAAAAAAAGUGCACGUUGAGUAUUUUUCAUUUUAGCAAAUUGGGGAGUUUUUGAUAUAAAAAAGGGGCAUUUGUGUGGUGUUGCGAGAAAAGUUGUGAGGAUUUUUUUCACCCUUACAAAACAAAAUUAGGCAAGCUAACUUUGCAUAUUCUGAAUCAGAAAAAUUUUACGAUUUUUUUGAUAUAUGACUCGACCUGUAACUCCAAACCCCAUAGGAGCACUUUGCUCGUGAAGUUUGAUAUUGUGGAAAAUAUAAAGUUGGAUUUUAAUGGGGUUUGUUUUAGACGGUACUUGUCCAUUUGCCUCACCGAACAACCCCCAGGCUCCAAUCGAACCACCAACGUCUCCGAAGACUUUAUCCGACGUCUGGAGAGGGUCACCGAACAGGAUGAUUGCCCGCCAUCGGCUUGGAUGCUCCUGGCCGAACUCAGCCCCUUUAUGGAGGUCCGUCCCCAAUGCGCCGAGCAUGUUUUUGAUUCGGUGGACUUUGCGAAUGCCGAGGACAGAAUCCCAACCUAUGUGGCGAAGAUUAUAGCCAACAGAUCGAACAAAAUCCCGGCCGCGAGAAGAGACGUGAUGAAGGAGAAAAUCGCCGAGAAAAUUAGAGAAAAUCAGUAAGGAUUUGUUAUUUAUGAGGUGGAAUAGGGAGAUUAGGAAAUGGAUCUUCUGAUCUGGACACUUUUGAAGAUUUUAUGUGACAAAAAAAUUGUUUUGGGAACAAGGAAGAUAGAGGAUUAUAAUUUUUUUGAUAAUAAAGUAAUAUUUUUACUUUCAGAAUCGCUGUAACCCAUAUUGGUGCUGUUUGCUACGCCUUUGCAUGCCUGAUGAACGCUGUCGGCAAGGAACGACCUCCGGGAGCGGCGGAUAUGCAGGAAUUUGUGAAAAAAUACCAAAAAGACGCCAUCAAAAGACUCAGCGAGGAUAUUGUGAACCCCUACACCGUCCGUGUGGCCUCUCGCUCAUCGGCGGCAUCCGAGUUCAACUCCCAACGACUCGACACCUUGACGGACAACAAGACGGACCAGUUCUUGCGCAUGAUCCACAGCAUCGGAGAGUUGUUCCAAUACGCGCCGAACGCGGUGGAUAACAAAUUUGUGAAUGUGUUAUGUGUUAUUGUGGCUGGAGAAGAAGUGGCCUGUGAGUGGGAUUGAAAACGGAGUCGAUUGGGGAAAAGUACUGAAGCCGAAAAGUAUUAUUUUUCUUCGAUGCAAGUGUGAAAUUGGGAUAAUCGAGGGUGCUGAUUUUGAAAAUGACAUUCAUUUUUUUUGAUAGUUACUUUUUUCCUUAAGUGGUACUGUAAAGUAGUAAUUUUUUGAAUUUUUUUCAUAAAUACUCGAUUUUGGGGUUCUCGAUGGUGCUGAUUUCGAAAAUCUUAUUAAUUUUUUCUGAUUUGAAAGCAGCACCACCGUAAAACCCCCAAAUCGAGUAUUUUUGAAAAAAAUUCAGAAAAUUACUACUUUACAGUACUACUUAAGGAAAAAGUUAAAGAUCAAAGAAAUGAAUGUCAUUUUCGAAAUCACCACCCUCGAUUAUCCUAAUUUCACACUUGCAUCGAAGAAAAAUAAUACUUUUCGGUUUCCCAAUCGCACUUUUCCCCAAUCGUCCCAGUUCCGAUUGAAAAUAUUACGAUUUGUUUUUGAUGUGUGAAGUGUAAUAUAAUUACUUUCAGUCCACCACUACCGCCAAUCCCAGCAAUUUCGCGCCGAGUCCGUGAUGACGAACGGCACUCAAGGCACGAAUAUCAGAGACCUCCAGGCCCAGCAGCUGCGCGAGGUCAUCUCCAUGAUCCCCAUGGGCAUUCGAGCCGCGGCCGCCUUUGCGAUUGGUCGGAUUUGCAUUUUACAUGAGACAUUUGCCAAUCGAUAUAUCCAAACCUUGAUCCAAUUGCUGACUUCGGACAAGGACAAUUGCUUGAGGAACAACAUUUUGAUUGUUCUAGCGGAUUUGUGCACAACGUAAGCGAUUUUUUGGAAGUUUGAAGGUGUAGAAGGGGGUUAAGAUGAAGAUGAUGAUAUGAUUCUUAGUGGUGGAGCAGCCGUCAAUCAGUUUGGACCGGUCCUAGCCACAGCCUUGAGGGACAAAUCGGUGUUGGUUCGACGGCACGCGGUCUCGUUGAUCACCACCUUGAUCAGAGACGAAUUCUUCAAAUGGGGAGGCCAGAUUAUGUAUUAUUAUCUGGGAGCACUGGUGGAUCCGGAUGACAAAGUUCGAGAACAGUGUCAUGCUUCUUUGGUAAGGAUUUUAACGUUUAUAUCAACCCGUUUUGCUGGGUUUUAAAAUGAGAUCUGAGGACAUUACUUUAGCUGAAUGUCCUCCUCCCAAAAUUCCCGAACAUGUUCAGCAACAAGUUUGUGGAGUCGAUGUUCUACCUGAACGACGUUGUCCACCCCUCAAUGAAAGUUUUGAUCCAACGUGGGUUUAGUUGCGAUCAUUUUUGGAUAUUGUUUUAGAGGAAAAAGAAAACUGCUCGUUGCCAGUGGAGGAUUACUUCAAAAUGUGGGGCGCGAGGAAUCGAAAGAACCGAAUGAGAAUUUAUUUGUUCAUUGUAAGUGGUACUGGUGUUUUUGGAAGGGAUUGUAAAGGAUUUUGAGUUUUAAUUUUGAAUUUUUAGAUCAGCACUUUCGAAGACAAAAUCAAGGUCCCGCUGAUGGGAAGAAUCGCAAUGGAAGUGUUCCAGUGUGUUGUGGAUGAAGCCCUAGACCCCAGUGACUCGAAAGUACAAUGCCUCAUGAGGGACGCAUUGGAUGUAAGAAGCAACGACCCAAAAUAUUACCCUUGUUUUAGAUACUCAGAGCAAAAGAAAUGGUCCUCAGCAUGAAUGUGGGCAAGAAAACAGCGGCCGAUGAUGUGGAUGAGGAGUCAGAAGAGGCUAAUGUGGUAAGUUCAGAGGAAAUUUUGAGGGUUUGAGGUGAUUCAGAGGGCUUGGAAGGGUUAUCUUGAUGUAGAUGGUGUAGGUGGAAGAUUGAUUUUUUUCUUGGGUCAAGCUAGCUAGCUAUCAGCUUGUUUGGGAUGGUUGAUUUGUAAUUUAGAUUUAAACUAGUCCCUUGUGUUUCAUAUUUCAUCUUUUGGGAAUCAAUUUUAUUUUAUUUUUGACUUCAGAUGGCCCAAAUGGCAAAGGACGUCAUCUCCAACGUGUACAUGUACAAAAUCAGCAACGAUUGUCUGCAUUAUCUGUUCAAAGCCCGCGAUUAUCUUAAAGUGAAACAAUUCCCCGACUUGGCCCGACAAACUUACAGCACCAUCCUGGACAUCUUCGAACAAUACAUUGACUUUUUUGAACAACUCUGUGGACCUGAUGCCCAGCGAAGGGAAGAAGUGAAAAAUGAUCUCAAGAGACAUCGAAACCUCAAUGUCCCUCAACCCGGCGGCCCUACUCGACGAGCCCCCGCGAAUCAAAAUCAAGAACAGCGCCGACCUCCGAGCAGGGAAGAGGAGGACGGUGCGGAUGAAUAA